AAAGAAAAGAAAAAAAAAAGAAAAGGAAAAUAAAAAAAAUGAAAAAAAAAACAACAAAAAGAGAUUUUGGUUUGGAGGGGCUGCGGGUACAACAGGACAGAGGGUGGUGGAUUGGUUUUGGCAGGGACGGUUUUGAUUUGAAAAAGAAAAAUUGGCAGAGACAAAAACGGUUAAAGGAAUCACAAUGGAGGGUGGAAUGGGCAGGUCAUCUAGCGGGUUGAAAAGGUAUUAGCCAUCAAGAAAAAAAGGGGACAACAAAAAAAAAAAAAAAGAGGACGUCUGGAGUUAGAGAAGGGUCUUCAGGGGAGAAAGGGCAGAGGAUAGAGGGAGGAUUCCAUUGAAAACAAAAGGCAAGAAAAGAAGGACAUCACGCUCGGAGGCUCCAGAGAAUUAUUCCUUCACACACCCGUAACCAUGGACACCACGUUUUGAAAAAAAACAGUAUCACUCCCCUACAGUCAGCUCCUACGGAUACCAUUCCAUCAUCUUCGUCAAACACAAUCACCCCAUUAACCAUUCAGAGACACCACCACAACAAGGGCACAAAAUCAAAAAGACGAGCUCGGAGAGAAGAAGCAAAAAAAGGCAAGAGGAGCUCCAAAGAGGUGAGGGUUUGGGUGCAUUACAUUCACCCUUCACACACACACUUUGUGCAUCUACUGAGUGGGACCCUAUACCUAGGUCUGAGCGUAACUUAGAAUUAGAGGAGUUGUGUAGCGGUGUCACUCUGGGAUGUACUUCCUGUUUGGCUAUCGUGAGAACUCCAACUAGAGUUUGUUCUCUUCAUUUGUGUCUCCACACCUAGUUGAUUACUCGACUGUUGUGGAGAUGUUGUGAAGGGGGUCAUAGCUCUAGUGACCAUCGACCUUUAGAUUUAAGGAACCACCCUGGUGAGAUUGCAUAUACUUAACCUUGAAUCUGAAGUGUUGAACCUUUUCUAGGGCACAAAGGGAGAUGUGUGUUGUCUUAUAAUCCUCAUCUUUGCUUAAUAAAAAUUUACACCAUGUACAUAUCACCGUUUUUUUAUAUAUAAUUCUUUUUCUUUCUUUCUUUUUCUCAUGCACUUUUAUGGUCUUGUCAUUGGUUCUAGGUAGGAAUUAUAAAUUUGUGAUUAAGCCUUCGAGGUAAAAUGGAAAUUAACAUGAGAUUUGAAGUCGAGGAGGGUUCAAGUUCAGACACUUUGAAGGAGAGUAUAGCCAUUGAAGCAGAAGAAGUUAAUAUGGGUAGUCUAAGAGAACUGGUGAAGAAAAUGAAUAUUGUCCAAAAGGAUGCAUUCAGGAAGGAAUAUGGGAAUUUGUUGGGUUUGUUAGAGGUGGAAGUUCAAACAUCAGCAAUUACUGCUUUAGUCCAGUACUAUGAUCCACCACUGAGAUGUUUCACUUUUCGGGAUUUCCAAUUGGUGCCAACAGUGGAGGAAUUCGAGCAAAUCUUAGGUAUACCUCUUGAGGGAAAAAGUCCAUACAACUACCUUGGGCAUUAUAUCCCUGUCUUGCAGCUAGCAAGAAUCAUGAAAGUACACCCUAUGCAGUUGGAAAGUGAGUUCACAGUCAAGGGUAAAGCGAGGGGCCUUCCUCAGAAAUACCUAGAGAAAUACUUGCAUCGUUUGGCUGAAGAGGAAAAAUGGGAAACAUUUAUGGAUGUUUUGGCUCUUAUUCUUUACGGUGUCAUGCUUUUUCCUAACAUCGAGAGUUUCGUCGACAAUGCCGCCAUGAAUGCAUUUGUGGGAUACAAAGAGCGCUCUGAGAAUCCAGUCACCACUGUCCUAGCUGAAGUUUAUGGGACCCUCAAUCAAUGUUAUGAGCUAAAGGGAGGAAAAAUGUCAUGUUGUCUACCAGUGUUGUAUGUAUGGUUCGUCUCUCGGGUGAAUGAGAACACAUUGAAUGCCACAUGUCCCGUGGAUGCGCUACUACAGUGUAAACCAAAUAUAAAAGGAGCAAAUGAAUGGGCGCAGCUUUGUGCAAGUUUAAAUGUGGAUCAAAUUAAAUGGAAUGUCCUUUGGCAGCAAAAAUCGCAAAUCAUAUAUUAUUGCGGGAGGUACCCUAAUGUGCCCCUCAUGGGUAUCAGGUGUUGCAUUAACUACAAUCCUGUGUUAGCGCAAAGGUAAUUCGGGUAUCCUAUGAGAGGAUCACCUACAUUUGCAUCUCUUGCCAUAUUGUAGAUCUAUUAUGAGGAAGGAACAUUGGUUGAAAUGCUUCAUCAAAUUAGGGAUGCUUGGGGCAAUGUCGUUCGUGCAGAAAGGGACCCAAGACCUUGGACUGUCGAUGAGAGAAUUCCUUACAGCCAUUGGAUUGCAGAAAGGGUUAAGACAGCGAAGUUGCCUUUCAAGUUAAUUUCUCCUAACCUAGAGAGGGAGGAGCAGCUUCAUAAGGCUGAAGGUGAAGAGGUGGAACUGUUGAAGGCUGAAUUAGAGCUGAUGAAACUAGAAAAUAUCAAGUUGACUAGUUAUCUUCAGAAUCUACAACGCGAUUAUGCAAAUCUCAAGCAAGAUAGUGUGGAAAACUAUGAAGCAUGUGAAAAGUUGUUAUUAAAACAAAUGAGAGAAUUGGUGGCAGCCAAAACAGAGCUAGCCUCGAAAGAUCGGGAAUAUGGUAUAAUUGAUAUAUCAGAGCGUGCUAUAAAGCAGAUGUGUGACGAAUUUAAGAGGGACAAGGAAAAAGCACUGGAGGACCUGCGCAAAAUGCAUAUCAGAUUGGAAGACGCCGAACAACAGGCGAAAGUUGUCCCUCUUUACUUAGAUAUUACUAGAUAAUAUGAAAAUUUGAUAUUUUCGUAUUAUCAGAGUAAAAGCUAAGUAAAGAUAGAAACACUAAUUUCG